AUGAGAGCUGAUCUGCUGGAGAUCCACCAGGCGUGUGGAUUCAUGCUGUGGGAUCACGUGGAACACCCUUGCUGGGCAUGCAAUUGCCACAGGGACCAGCUGUUUGAGUUCCCUCUGUCAGUGGCGAGCUGCCCAUGGGUAGACAAGGGCCCCGUGGAAUACGCCGAGAUGAUGCGCUCAGCUGUGAAGAUGGUUCCAAUUACUUCUAAGGCACAGUUCAAGCGUUUGCUGAGAUGUUGCCGCCGCGAUCCUGACUUGUGGGGAUUGGGCACCUGGUGUAAUUUCAAUGAGCUCGGCUUGCCGGGCGCUGCCACCGACGCCCAUGAGCUCGGCGAGGUGGGGGGCCAGAUCGGUCCACGUCGCCCUGUUCAGCUGCAUUUCUUCGACGUUCAUAGCCAUGCGGGGAUCGACUUCGCGGCGCCCAUCCUGGGCGUCGCGGGGUUCACGGUGUCGCGCUUGGACAUCAUGCGCGCGCUGGAUCUCGGCUGCACGCAGAGGCUGGUGGCCACGGUCUUCUGGGCCCUCACGGAGGCAAACUUUGCAAGGAGUGCUGCUCGGACAAUGAUCAACCGUAGAGUGUGCAACCUGAUCCACCUGAGGCGACGAAUGAAUGCAUGCUACCUUGCCAAUGCUGCCCUUUUUGCGCGUGGAUCCCAGUCGAGAAUAUUCAGGAUUAGCCUGAACAUGCUUGGGGACGUGCACCAGCCGAGGCUCCGCGCCAAG